AUGCUCCAUUCACUCAAGAAAUUACUCCCCCUUUUUGGGGCCCUCGGUGGUAUUGUUACCGUAGAGGCUGCCCCCGCCGCAACUGAUGCUACCACUGCCGCUACAUCGACCAGCGAUGCGCUUCCCACCACUGCGGCUUACUUUGUUAGUGGGUCGACAACCACCUUCUCCAGCACAACCUUGACGGCAACUGGAACCAACGAAGGCGUCAUCAUUGUGAAAGAAACCGGUGUUGCCUACUUUGAUAAUGUCACAUUCAUCAAAACCGGGAACUCAACUAGUGAUGAAGACAGCUCAUUCACGGAUCUUAAUGCUGCAAUCGGCAUCGAAACCAACGGCACCGUGUAUAUAACCACCAGCAACAUCAAAACCUCGGGGGAAAGUGCCAAUGCUCUACACACCUAUGAAGACGGAGCCACUGCAUACCUCACCGACGUGUCCAUCCAUGCCGAGGGUGAUGGGUCCCAUGGAAUCUACACCGCAGGAGGCACGAUUUACGGCCAGAAUCUCAAUGUUUACACCUACGACGGCCACAGCAGUGCUAUUGCUACCGAUAGAGGGGGAGGUCUCAUUGUCGUUGAUGACUCCGCUGCCUAUACCUAUGGUGCACUCUCGGCUUUGGUAUACUCAACGGGCAACAUCACCACUUCAUCUCUCGUCGGCGUGGCAGAUAUUGCACCUAUCGCCUGUAUCGACGGGUCGAACUCAUUUACUUUGAUUAAUCCGAGGGUCAGCUCUGGCACGCAGAAUAACGGCGUGUUUCAGAUCGUGAGCACAGUCGCAACCAACGGCACCACGGACACGGCCUAUGCCUACGUGACUGGGGGGUCAGUAGCUGAAACCAACGGCACUUAUGCAUUGAUUUUCGUCGCCAAUAUUCAGGCCUAUGUUUAUGUCACGAGUACUGAUCUGAUUAUCAAAUCUGGCAUUCUAGCCAACAUCACUUCCACAGAUCAAUGGGGGUCUUCGGGUGUCAAUGGUGGAACGGCUUCCGUAUUUUUGACUGACGUCCAUGUUACUGGGGAUAUUCACGUUGACGAUAUCAGUUCUGUCAGUCUGUAUCUGAUCAAUUCUCAGUGGACUGGAUCUAUCAACAGCGGUAAUACCAGUGGUACCUCUUCUGUUUACGUUGAUGCAGAUAGCUCAUGGACACUAUCUGGAGACUCCAAUAUUGAUAGUCUUGGCCUUGCAAGACGUCACAGCGACUCGAAGAUCCAUCGGAGCAGAUACACUUUGAGCUAUGGCAAGGAGGUAAGCAAAUGGUAA